AUGGAUGGACCUGAGGCGAGAGUUGCCCACUAUUUCGAUCUGAUCUGCGGAACAAGCACGGGAGGCUUGAUUACUGCUAUGUUAACAGCACCUGAUGAAACUAACCAUGCACGUUUUACUGCACAAGAAAUCAAUAGCUUCUACUUUGAUCACGGAGCAACAAGGCCACAUGGAUACAGCGGAUCAUACGUGGGCCACUGUAUAAUGCAUCGUACCUACACAAAGUUAUAUAUAAGAGAAAAACUUGGACAAACUCGCAUGAGCGAGACAAUCACGCCGAUUGCAAUCACGGAUUUUGACUUGAAGAAAAAGACCUCAUGCAUCUUCUCAACCGAUAAGGCUAAAGACUGUGUAAUGGAAAAUCCCUUACUAUCUGAUGUGUGCAUUGCUGCGGCGCCCACAUAUUUCCCUCCUCACCAUUUUCAAGUCAAGGCUAAAGUUGGUGAAGUGGAAAAAAUUCAAGAAUAUAACAUUAUAGAUGGAGGUAUAGCAGCCAAUAAUCCCCUGAAUAUAAGCUAUAAUAUGCUUACCAGAAUUCUUAGCAGAAACCCGCAACUCUUUGGCAGAGGAGGAGAUGGUGAAGUGCUGAUUAUUUCACUUGGUACCGGAUCAUCCACCCGGGCCAAGGCUCAAAAGAAGGACACCACCGCUGUCAGUGCAGCUAAAUGGGGACUGUACCAUUGGGCAAAAGAAACCGUUGGCUUCACAGAUUUAUUCCGGCCAGCUCAAGAUGACAUGGUGAGAUACACGAAUGACACCGUCAUCUCACUUCUGCGUCAAUUACUUGGUCGUGAUCGCAUCCACUACUUACGGAUGCAAACCAUAUUCACAAGUGACCAAGCCAGUGAAGUAUCUUCCAUGGACGUCGCAUCAAAGGAGAAUCUUCGAGCUCUGGUCCAAGUAAGCGAAGACUUGUUAAAGGAACAGGUAAAAGAAGAGAAUGUAGAAACCGGUUGUCUAGAAAAUGUUGUAGAUCAAGCAAAUAUAUUCCGUGGCGAUACCAAUGAGCAGGCAGUUUCCAGAGCUGCCGAGUUGCUUUCUACUGAGCGUAGAGCUCGUCGUCACACUUGA